UGAGAAAACUUCUCCAGAUGACUGAAAGCUGAACGGAGGACACCACCGACCCAACACCGGCCCAUGUCAGACAGGUUCUAAAAAAAAAAUGAUGGAGCUAAUGACCACUUCCCCUUUCAAUCACUUCAAUUCAGCUUAUGAACUUGGGAGAAAUGGCUCUCUGUAUGAUGAAGGUGAUGAGUACGACUACAGAGAUGACCAUGGAGAUGACAACGAGCUGGGGGAGCUGAAGCAGUCCCUCAAAAUCAUGUCUCUCAUUGUUUACUGCCUGGCCUUUGUCCUCGGUGUGCUCGGGAACGGAGUGGUUAUCUGGGUGACCGGCUUCAAAAUGAAGCAAACCGUCAAUACGGUGUGGUUCCUCAACCUGGCUGUGGCCGACUUCCUCUUCACAGCAUUCCUGCCUCUCAGCGUGACUUACACAGCUAUGGAUUUCCACUGGCCUUUUGGGAAGUUCAUGUGCAAGCUGAACACCACCAUAAGCUUCCUGAACAUGUUUGCCAGCGUCUACAUCCUGGUGGUGAUCAGCGUGGACAGAUGUGUGUCCGUGGUGUGGCCCGUCUGGGCCCAGAACCACAGAAAUGUGCGCAAGGCUUCCUGUGUGAGUCUGUGUGUUUGGGUGCUGGCUUUGAUUCUCAGUUCUCCGUACUUCAUCUUCAGGGACACGGGGCCGGCACUGCACAGCAAAGACAUCAUCAACUGCUUCAACAACUUCGCUUUCUCUGAUGACUAUCAGACCCAAUCCAUCAUUCAACUGCGACAUUUUCGCCAUCAGGCCAUGACCAUCACUCGCUUCCUCCUGGGGUUUGUCAUCCCGUUCACUGUCAUCGUCUCCUGUUAUGCCGUCAUAAUCCACCGUCUCAGAAGAAACCCUGCCCUGGCUAGUCAAUCGAGUCGCCCAUUUAAGAUAAUCGCUGCCAUUAUCAUCAUUUUCUUCCUCUGCUGGGCUCCUUUUCACAUCAUGGGUCUAAUUGAGUUGGUGAAUCACACUAUGGAAAAUGAAAAUGAAACUUUAGACCAUGUCAUCAUCAUUGGAGUACCUAUAGCCACCAGCCUGGCCUUCCUCAACAGCUGCCUGAACCCACUGCUUUAUGUGUUCAUGGGCCAAGAUUUCAAGGAUAAAGUCCGUAAAUCCAUCCUGAAUGUUUUGGAGAAUGCCUUCCAGGAGGAAGUGUCUCGCUCGUACACCUACACAAACUCAAUGGUCACCAUUCGGAGCAAAGACAAGUCAGUGUCUGAUGCUGAGGUGUAAUGAUCAGACUGACUGAAACAAAGACUUAAGACUGUACAGAGUAAAUGUGACUGUAUAACAAAUAACUUUUUGUUUGGUCGAGUACUUGUAGUGUUUCAUUGUGCAACUUUAUUUUCUCUCGAUACUUAAUGACUAAUUUCUUUUGCCUGACAAAGAUGAUAAGUAAGAAGUUGCAGUUACUGAAAUGCAUGACAUUGAAAAGUUGUACCUCAAAGAGUACGCAAAGAGUAAGCUUUAAACUCAGUAUCCACAUUAAUGGAAACAUGGAGUUCAACCACACUAAAAACAGGGAAAUACAAGUUCAAUUUCACAACUUUCUCCAUAUUUUUCAUUACAGCAUAACGAAAUUGGCCUUAUGACACUUCCUGAAUCCAACUGUGGGCGAGCAAAUUCUGUAAAUAAUAGUAAAGAUUACAGUUACGCUGUUGAACCAGACUUUGUUUCAAUAAACUAAUAAAGCUGAUUGACUGCUAUGUCUGCUUCAGGUUUAGAUAAUAAUGUAAUUUACCUUUGAUAUUUAUUACCAGGACAGUCUAACGUAACAUCUAUGAAAGGAAAAACAUAAGACGAUGAUGUUAUUGUGCUUAAAGGAGCAGCUGUGCUGUAUCAUUAGCUUUUGCAGGGUGAGUGUAUGGAGCUUGGCCAGCCAUCCUUAUUCUGUUCAUCUUCAACACAAACUACUCUGGUUCUUCAGGAUUCAGCUUUGUUUCCAGAGGAUUGACCCUCGGGAAAUCCAGGUACUGCUACUGGCUGGGCUUACAACCAGAGAAAUUAAGCAUGUAAUGCAGGCAGAGCGACAACCAGAUUUGUAUCAAUGAAGCGUCUUCAAAACAACGUACAGAGUAGACGGGAUACUGCUGAAUGAAUUCUGCGUACUCCUUUCAAGGUGUUAUGAUUCUGCAGCAAACUGGCUUGUUUUCCAAUAGUGGUUCUCGGAUGCUCCUGUAUCAGUCAUUGCAUAAAGCGCCGCCCUCUGUGAUUGCUUUGCUACCUUCUGUACAAUGGCUAUGAAUGGGGAGGUACCAUUUCAUGAGAGAGAGUUCUGUAAAGUGAAUGGUUACAGCUGGCCAGACUCGAGAGUAUGCGCCCUCUAAUGUAUAUUGGACCACAAAUGUUAUUUGAGUCACAAUAAGGUGUGAAAAACAGUAAAUAUCCACCAAUGCCUCACAGCUUAGAAGCACAAGUAUGUCACCAGUUUGAAUACAAAAAAGAAUCUCUGAUCUGUGAUCUGUGUAUGUGUUAACCACACACGCGACUCAUCUCAGCACAUUUUCUUCCCACAGACCAGUAGAGGGAACUGUUUUUAUAUAUAAAGAUCUUAACGGUUAAAAGACAGCAACUUUAAGAAUAAAAACACACAGACAGUAUACUCCAUCUACUCCACUAUUAUAUCUCAGAGAACAGAAUAAAAAUCUUUAAAUGUUCUCUUUUUCUAUCUAUUAAUCUCAUUUAAGCAAGAAGUGUAAAAUCAUGAGUCAUAUGCAUUUUACAGAGAUUAUUUUAAGUCACGUGUUGCUAUUAUUUGUAGAGUUGACAGUAUGAAGUUCAUAGAUCCUGCUGGUGUCUUCAAGCAGCAUCAGUGUGAGAGUGUCCUUUUAUGAGAUAUACUGUCACCCAUGUAACCUUCAAUGUGUUCCCUGACUUGUAAGUCCCUUCAGAUAAAAAUAUCAAUAAAAUAAAU